ACAUCUAAUGGCUACUUUCUCACUACACCUUCACUUCCAAGUGAUCAUUGCUCUCUUCUUUCUCAAUCUCCAUUGCUGGAACUCUCACAUAUUUGCUGAGACUACAACCAAUGUGUACAUAGUUUAUAUGGGUGAGAAGCAGCAUGAGAACCCAGCAAUUGCUGUGAAGUCUCACCAUGACAUGCUAGCCACAUUGCUCGGAAGCAAAGAAGCUGCCAAGAAUUCAAUUCUCUAUAGCUAUAAGCAUGGCUUCUCGGGGUUUGCAGCUACUCUUAGUGAUUCCCAAGCAAAAGCAGUUGCAGACAUGCCGGGUAUUGUCCGAGUGUUCCCUAAUCGCAUUUAUAAACUCCAUACUACCCGAAGCUGGGAUUAUCUUGGACUCAAUCCACAUGAGCAUCAAAGUAACCUUUUAUCUGAAGCUAAUAUGGGUGAGGGGACUAUUAUUGGCGUGAUAGACUCAGGAAUCUGGCCAGAGUCAGAAAGCUUCAAGGAUGAUAAUAUGGGUCCAAUUCCAUCGCGUUGGAAAGGAAUUUGCCAAACUGGAGAGUCUUUCAAUUCAACUCACUGCAAUAAGAAACUAAUAGGCGCUCGCUGGUUUGCCAAAGGAGUUAACACCACUGGGGUUGAAGACUAUUUGUCCCCAAGGGACAACACAGGGCAUGGCACUCACUGUGCUUCCAUAGCUGCAGGUCGUUUUGUAGCAAAUGUAAGCUAUGAAGGGCUUGGUACCGGUUUAGCUAGAGGGGGUGCACCUCUUGCUCGCCUAGCAAUCUACAAGGCGUGUUGGAAUGGAUUAGGAUGUUCAUAUGCAGAUAUACUAAAAGCAUUUGACAUGGCCAUACAUGAUGGAGUAGACAUUAUAUCUGCGUCUAUAGGGGAAAUAUUACAGCCCCUGGGGGACUACGUCGAUAAUGGACUUGCAGUUGGUGCAUUUCAUGCAGUAGCAAAGGGGAUAACUGCGGUCCUUGGGGCAGGGAACGAUGGCCCUUACUCUUAUACAGCUAAGGGCACAGCUCCUUGGAUCAUCUCUGUUGCAGCCACCACUAUUGACAGGGUUUUCCUAACAGAAAUUACACUUGGAAACAAACAAACUUUCUUGGGCCAAUCCCAAUCACCUGUAAAGCACAGAGGUUUCAUCGAUAUUGUAUACUCAGGAGACCUGGCUAUAGAUAAUGAAGCUGAUGCAAUAGUUUGCGAACAAGGAAGUCUCAAUGAGACAUUAGUGGCAGGAAAGGUUGUCCUCUGUUUUUUACAACCAUCUGAACAGGAUUUUGGAGUUGCAUAUGUCACAGUUGGGAAAGCAGGAGGAGUUGGCCUUAUAUAUACACAACCUCUCACUGACCUUAUCAUUCCAUGCCCUAUCCCUUGUAUUAAAGUAGAUUAUGAAAUAGGGACAAAAAUAGUUUCCUACAUCAGAAGAACAAGGAACAAGUCAAGUGUUGUGAAGCUCAGUAUGCCCAAGUCUGUAGUUGGGAAAUCAAUAUCUCCGCGAGUGGCUUCAUUCUCAUCUAGAGGACCAAGUUCUUUGUCACCUGCAGUGUUGAAGCCUGAUAUAGCUGCACCUGGAGUGAACAUCUUAGCAGCAUACCCACCACCACUUAACGAUGGUCACGGGUAUGCAUUUGAUACUGGAACUUCAAUGGCUUGCCCUCAUGUAGCUGGAGUGGCUGCCCUCGUCAAAUCUUUGCACAAAGAUUGGUCACCUGCUGCCAUAAGAUCAGCAAUUGUGACUACUGCCUCAGUAACUGGCACAGAUGGACAGGUGAUAUGGGCACUGGGAGAUACUCGCAAGCCAGCUGACCCUUUCGAUAUGGGUGGAGGGCUUAUCAAUCCCAAGAAAGUGGCAGAUCCAGGGCUCAUUUAUGAUAUUAACAAGGAGAACUACAAUCUGUUCCUCUGUUCCAUGGGCUACACCAGUAAAGAGAUUACCAACAUAAACAAAAGAAAAGUCUCUUGUUGGAAAAAUAAGUAUUCUGAGUUUGACCUGAAUCUCCCCUCUAUCUCCAUCCCAAUCCUUAAAAAUACCAUAACAGUCACCAGGACUGUGACAAAUGUGGGGUCUGUUAAUUCAUUCUACAUAGCUUUGGUGGAAUCUCCUGAGGGUGUAAAAAUGAAAGUUGAACCACAGACACUAUCCUUCAAUUCAUCCAUCACCAUGCUUUCAUUCAAAGUGACCUUUACUUCUACUCUGAAGUUGCUCGGGGAUUACUCAUUUGGAAGCUUGUCUUGGACUGAUGGUCAACAUUUGGUAAGGAUUCCGUUGGCGGUUCGUGUUGUUGAGUAUGAAGCUUUUGUGGACACUUAGGGUUCUUUUUCUUUCUUUC